AUGGCUUCUAAAAACAGGGGAGAAAAAUCCCAGAAGCUCGUAUCAUUAUCUCGACGGCUCAGCCUCUACAAACCUCCACCCCAUCUAAACAAUUCGGCCAGAAGACAACAUGGGAUCCCAAAAUCUGCAAACCCCAAAAGAGCUGCAGUUCUCAUCUGCAUCUUUGAAGGAAAUGAUGGAGAACUGCGUGUAAUCCUUACAAAACGCUCUUCACAACUUUCUUCUCACUCAGUGGCCUUGCCUGGUGGAAAAAGAGAGGAAGGUGAUGUUGAUGAUGUAGAAACUGCCUUGAGGGAGGCUAAGGAGGAGAUUGGUUUGGACCCUUCUCUUGUUGAUGUUGUUACUGUUAUUGAGCCAUAUAUGACCAGGUUUCAUGUGACAGUUGUUCCUGUGAUUGGUAUACUGUUUGACAAGAAAGCAUUCAAUCCAACUCCAGAUGCCAGUGAAGUGGAAUCAGUAUUUGAUGUCCCCCCGGAAAUGUUUCUUAAGAAUGAGAACAGGAGAGAAGUCGAGGAUGAGUGGAUGGGAGACAAGUUCCUAUGCCAUUUCUUUGACUAUCAAUCAGGGGAAAAAAGUUAUAUGAUAUGGGCUUUCACUGCAGCAAUAUUGAUUAGAGUUGCCACAAUUUUCUACCAAAGGCCACCUGCAUUUCUUGAGCGAAGGCCAACAUUUUGGAAUGGAAUUCCAGAUAAAGAUCUCGGCAAGCUAUAG